UACAACGACGACGACCUCCCUUCCUCCCGCUGCGUCCAGGCGACACGCAGGAGCCUCUCCUCAACAUGAGCAACGUGGAAGACCUGCUAUCUAGCCCAGAACGCCUGCGUGGACCGUCCCCAACCCGGGGUCGCCAAGAGAGGACUCCGCACUCUCGGGCAGGCUCAGUGGCAUCUAUCGCCCUGGAUGACACCGAUGCGUCUUCGGUGAAAGGUAAACCUCUCUCUGCAACCGGCUUCAAGACACCCGCACGGCGUGCACAGUCACCAGAUAGUGUCGCUGACGAUCAAUCCGUCUUCGGAGAGUCAUCGAAGUCGGCGCGUGCAAGAAAGACGGAGGCAGAACGUAUCGAAUUUCUCCAGAAUGACCCGCUCACAGGCGAGGUGGAGGCACAUCGUGUCUUCUGCAAGGAAUGUCAAGAAUGGGUCAAUUUGGCCCCGAAGCGGAAGUACGUGAUGCAGAACUGGGUCGCGCAUCGGAAGCAGAAACACAAGCAACGCGGCAGCGCGGAUAAACACGACAACUCAGAUCUCAAGUCUGAGACCCCUCGGUCCGACAAGUCGUCGCGAGAGCGACCGAGCAAUCGCAUUACUGCGAUGCAACGCAAGCUCUCGCUGGUGAACGACCCACAAGUAAGGAAGCUGAUAGAUCAAACCGUCGAAUGCACGAUAUGCCGCGCGGAGGUGAUCGUGAAGGGCCAAGUGGACUACGAUCUGUCCCGAUGGGAGGAGCACAAGGCUACGUGCACCAAAUCUACUCCCCGCGCCGCGGCUUCGUCCGAACCAACCGUCGCUGCGGCCAAAGUACCGCCGGGGACAGUACUGCGAUCACCGCCUUCGGUGGCGUCGACGGAUGCGACCGCUGUAGGGUCCGAGCCUUCCCCGUUGCGUGGCGAGAAGAGGCCGCGUGACGAGGAUGAAGAGGACCAGGAGCCGCAGCGCAACGUACGCCCCCGCUCUGCAUUCUACGAGGUACCGGAGGACUCGGCGGGCUUCCUGGAGUGGGUGACGCUGCCCUUCCGCUCGUUUGUGCGCGGAUUCCGUGAGGGAUUAUCAUCGGGAUAGAGUAGGAUCAUCUCGACGUCCGUGCCUAUCGCCAUAUCGCAUUACACCACUUUGACUAAGGACUGCGUCCCGCCACCCUCGUUAUCGCCCGCUCCGUCGCUCCUUGUCCCCCCUGCUGCUUGACCGUUCCCCCGCCUGUCUGUUGCUGCUGUGUUAUUUGCUUCCGUGUAUCUAGUCCGAAUCUAUCGUGAAUGGAUGUGCCCUAGCGGGCGAAAUCAGGUUCCGCGAAGCUUUUGCCGAUGGGCGCGGAGAGAUGAGAUCGGCGAGAAUCCGAGGAUGGGUCCGUAUAUGGACUGGCACGCCCGUAAGCGCGUGUCGCCUGGUUCGCCGUGCGGUGAAUGCCGAGGCCACCCUCGCUGGGCCUCCUCCGUGCGCCUGGAGACCUGG